GGGCCCGUGAGGACGGGCUAGUGGCGGGCAGCGAGGGUCGGCCUGGCCCCAUGCUGCUGCCACUAGCCUGCCUGCACGGGCGGGUGGCGCAGUGCUUGACCUCCCUGCUUGUGCUCGCGGAACCACUGCCCAAAACCCGGCGCAGCGCGCGGCUGCCGACUAGUGCAGAGGCCGCUGCGGCAGCGAAGAUGGCUGCGGAGCUGUACCCGCCCGCCGGCCCGGCCACUGCCACCGACAUCGCCAACAGCAACGCGGCGGGCGCGGCGGCGGGCGCGAGCCGGAAGGCCAGCCCUUGCAGCCCGCCCUGCCAGGCGCCCGCCCCGCCGCCACCCACGCCCGCGCCGCCCGCACCCGACAACAACAACCUGGAGAGCCCCAACUGGCAGUCCUUCCACCCCACGCUGCGCGAGAGGAACGCGCUGAUGUUCAACAACGAGCUCAUGGCCGACGUACACUUCAUCGUGGGGCCCCUGGAAGCCUCCAGACGUGUGCCUGCCCACAAGUACGUCUUGGCCGUCGGCAGCUCUGUCUUCUAUGCCAUGUUCUACGGGGACCUGGCGGAAGUCAAGUCAGAAAUCCAUAUUCCCGACGUGGAGCCCACUGCAUUCCUGGUCUUGUUAAAGUACUUGUACAGCGACGAGAUUGAUCUGGAGGCGGACACAGUGCUUGCCACUCUGUAUGCUGCUAAGAAGUACAUUGUGCCCGCGCUGGCAAAGGCCUGUGUCAACUUUCUGGAGACAAGUCUAGAAGCCAAAAACGCCUGUGUCCUGCUGUCCCAGAGCCGGCUGUUUGAGGAACCUGAGCUGACUCAGCGCUGCUGGGAGGUCAUUGAUGCUCAGGCUGAGAUGGCCCUGCGCUCUGAAGGCUUCUGUGAAAUUGACCGACAGACGCUGGAGAUCAUUGUGACCCGAGAAGCCCUCAACACCAAGGAGGCAGUGGUCUUUGAGGCCAUCCUGAACUGGGCUGAGGCAGAGUGCAAGAGGCAGGGCCUCCCAGUAACCCCACACAACAAGAGGCAUGUUUUGGGACGAGCCCUCUAUCUGGUCAGAAUUCCAACUAUGACUCUGGAGGAGUUUGCCAACGGUGCUGCCCAGUCAGACAUCCUGACUUUGGAGGAGACUCACAACAUCUUCUUAUGGUACACUGCGGCCAACAAGCCCCUCCUUGACUUUCCCCUGACCAAGAGGAAGGGCCUUGCCCCACAGAGGUGCCAUCGCUUCCAGUCUUCUGCCUACCGCAGCAACCAGUGGCGGUACCGGGGGCGCUGUGACAGCAUCCAGUUUGCAGUGGACAGAAGAGUGUUCAUUGCUGGGCUGGGCUUGUAUGGGUCUAGCUCUGGGAAGGCUGAGUACAGUGUGAAGAUCGAACUCAAGCGGCUAGGGAUGGUACUGGCCCAGAACCUGACCAAGUUUGUGUCGGAUGGAUCCAGCAACACCUUCCCUGUUUGGUUUGAGCACCCAGUCCAGGUGGAACAGGACACUUUUUACACUGCCAGUGCUGUCCUGGAUGGCAGUGAGCUCAGCUACUUUGGGCAGGAAGGGAUGACAGAAGUACAAUGUGGAAAGGUGGCCUUCCAGUUCCAGUGUUCCUCAGACAGCACCAAUGGGACUGGGGUUCAGGGUGGACAGAUUCCAGAGCUCAUCUUCUAUGCCUGAGGUUACAGGGGCUGGGGAAGGUUUGCCACCAGGCCCUUCCUCUGCUGCCCAGUAAGUGCAGGGGAAGUGCAGGACACUGCCAGCUGCCUUACCGACACCACCAAAGGCUCCCUGUCUCAGCCCAAGUCUGAAAAAGGCAACUUCUCUUCACAGUCCAAGCCUGGCAAUCUUAGGUGUCUCCUGACAUUGGGGUACAUGCCACAAAGUGGCAGGCAGAGCUGGACCCAAGGCAGGCUCCAGAUCUGUCCAGUGGUACCCAAGCUUUGGGUACUUGGAAAUCCUUCCCACUCCUUUGGAUUCUUAGGUGGCUUCAAGCUUACCUCGAGACCUUCUCUUCAAACUACAAAUUGCUGAAAAGGCACUUAGAAUAGUUCCAUUCUAUUUAAGUGGAUUUUGGUAAUAAAGGUUUCACAGAACAAAAGCUGUAAA